UUAUAUUUAUUAGUCUCAAAAUUGUCCGGUUGUUGUGUGUGCCCAAGUUACGCGUAUUACCUGUAUCAUUGGAGAUAUCGUUAAAAAAAAAUUGUCGAUUAAAUAUCAAAAAUUGUAGAAAAAAUCAGUUUUGUGAACCCUAACCUGUAAAAUACACGCGCCACUGUACAAUUAUACGCGGUGAAUCAGUACGUGAACUGCAAAUUUGCCUAAUUUUGGGACGCCGGUUGGCUUAUUCAUUUCUUGUCACGAUUUCAUCAGAGCGAAAAGUAAAUAAUGGCGAGUACGGAAUCACUUGCUGAAGUAACAGAUGUUGUACAAAUUUUACGGCAAUGGGAGGAGGAACACAGCUCAGCAACCUAUGAUCCCAUUCCUGUUCUUCAGAGAUUGGCAGAUAUAAUAGAGCUCGAGACAGAAAAUUAUAUGAAGAUGGAUCCAGAUCCAUUUGAUGAAAGACAUCCAUCACGUACUGAUCCAGAAUGUAAUUUUGGACAUAUAUUAAAGGUUUUGUUUAGAAAGGACAAUUUCAUGACAAAGUUAAUAAACGAUUAUCUGAGAGAUACAUAUUGGACUCGAACAGGAAUAACCGGGAAAGACGUUAGAAAGCUGAACAUUGCUGCCUGUCGUCUGAUGCUAGACAUACUCCCAGGACUAGAAACUUCAGCAGUAUUUCAGCCAGAUAUGGAAGGUCUUAUCCACAGAUUAUUUUCCUGGGCGGAGAAAAGCAUUGAACCGUUACAGAGCUAUUCAACUGGUCUUCUAGCUGCUGCUAUGGAAGUGCAGGACAUUGCUACAGGAUUUCGAGAUCAAAACGCUAAAAUGGUACCGUUGAUGUUGCAACGAUUACAUAAAUUGCAACAGAAAGCGCAUGAGGACCGUCAACAGAAAACGCAUGAGGAUCAUCAGAAGAAUGCUAGGCCAUUUGCCCAUUUUGGGCAGGACCGAAACAGUAUCACCGAUUGCAACGACAAAGACAUUUGCGAGAAACGUAAAAUGCGACACAAAUGGCAGAAAAAUGGAAUUAUGAAAAAUCAAGAUUUACCUUCUUCCGAUUCCGAGAAUGAUUUCAACGAUAUGCCAGCCGUAAAGAAGAGAAAAAGUAACUCUGGUUGUGAAUCGCCUGUGAAAAACAGCGAAUUAUAUCCCGAGAUCAUGUCACCGCCUCAGUCAAUCCCUAAAACCACUAGUAAUUCCAUUAACUCGCAGAUGAUACCAUCUAAGCAGAGUGGUUUGCAGUCCACGAGAUUCAGGCAGUUUGGCCUGUCUCAAGGUUCCAAUACGCAUUCAAUGCUUUUGGAGGGAAAUUCAAAUUCCUCUUGGGCCGAAAUGGAAUCAUAUGUCAUCGGUAACAUUCAGAUGUACCCGCCCACUCUUGCAACUCGGCAGAUGCUGAUUUUACGAUACCUAACACCGAUGGGCGAGUAUCAGGAAUUUCUCGGCCACGUGUUCGAGCACAAUGCCCUGGACUUAAUACUGAAAUACAUAAACGUGCGUGAAACUAAGGAUAGCCGUCUCGCUUUUGAGGCUCUUAAGUAUCUCGCGUCCCUGCUAUGUCACAAGAAAUUCUCUAUUGAAUUCCUAAACGUCGGCGGCUUGCAAAAAUUGCUGGAUGUUCCGAGACCGAGCGUUGCGGCAACAGGUGUAUCUAUAUGUCUCUAUUAUCUUGCGUACUGCGAGGACGCUAUGGAACGAGUGUGUUUGCUACCGAAACACAUAAUAUCCGACCUUGUGACUUACGCGCUGUGGUUAUUAGAACGCAGUCAUGAUUCCGGACGAUGUCAUGCGACUAUGUUUUUUGGCUUUUCUUUCCCAUUUAAAGUUAUAUUGGAGGAGUUCGACGCACAGGAUGGUCUGAGAAAAUUGUUUAAUGUGAUAUCUACUUUGCCAAUUCUAAACAUUGAGGAAGAGCCGACUAUAAAUGACGAUGAAGAAUGUGCAUCAAGGCAAAUUGUACGACAUGUAGCCGUUGCUCUGAAGAGAUACAUGGAAGCGCAUUUGCAUUUAAAAGCGGAGCAAUUGCAACGUGCGGAAAACGUUAGAGCUGAUCGCGACACAUGGCAACCGUCAUUACCACCUUACAAGGCAUGUAAGUUUAGCAGCGAGGAAGUUCAGGCAAAAGUGGAAAUUCUCCAAGAAUUAAUGUCAGUCAGAGCAGUGUGGCCACCAGUGGAAGAGCUUCAUCGUUUAGGCGGUAUCACAUUGCUUUUGCAAAUUAUAGCUUUUGCUCGCGAAUGGAACUAUAGCGGACGGGUACACACUACUUCCAGCGCGGAAACAGUUCGAUCAUGUUUAGACGUUAUCGCAAUUUGUUCUGUUGUACCAAAAGUUAUGUUGCUGCUAUGUGAAAGAGUCGAUAUGCCGGAUAUGUCAAUGACAAUGGCAAUUAAUCUUUUGCUAGCCGCAGCUGAAUGCGAAAUUAUUGCAGAUGCUGAUGUACAAAGAGCAGCGCUUAGAGCUGUAAUUAUUUGCGUGUGUGCUCCUAUAAAUAGAGUCGGAGGAAAUGUAGCUAGAUAUUCUAUAACUGGAUCUGCUAAGAAAAAAGCAAAUAUUCACAAUAGUGAGGAAUUGAUACAGAAAGUAUGGGAAAGCGUUAGGUCAAACAACGGAAUAAUGGUGUUGCUGCAAUUAAUGAUGGUGAAAACGCCUAUUACCGAUGCUGACAGUAUACGGGCAUUGGCGUGUCGUGCAUUAGCUGGACUAGCACGUAGUGAGAAAGUUAGGCAGAUUAUUAGCAAGUUACCGAUGUUCACAAAUGGACAGAUUCAGUCACUUAUGAAAGAUCCUAUUUUACAAGAAAAACGGCAAGAACAUGUUACCUUUCAAAAAUAUGCGCUUGAAUUAAUGGAAAGGGUAUCUGGUAAAGCAAAGCCAACGGGUGCAGAAUAUGAAAUUUCUUUAGUUAGUUUGCAUAGGGCAAAUGUUGUAGCGCAAACGAGAAUACAAUAUAAUGAACAGCAACUUAAUCAAUUAAUAUAUCAACAUCUCGUAUCAAAGGGGUUAAUUGAGACAGCUAAUGUAUUACACAGAGAAGCAAACUUGGAAUCUUCUACAAUUAUGAGAUCUGCAACAUUAUACCAGCCUUUUACUUACCGAAAUCCUACAAGUGUGACUCCAAGAAAUAAUUUUUCUCCAGGUGCCCCUGUGAAUUUAUAUAAUACAAGUAGAUGUGCACAAAGAGAAACUACUUGUAGAAAUACUACUCCGACAUCAUCAUCUCGAUUUAUAUCCCAUACAAGUGCAUGCACUGGUUCACCAUCUGUGAACAAUAACAUUCGAUUAAAGCUUGCAGAUUGUCUGAAUCAAAAUGUUAUUUCAAACAAUGCAAAUCAGCCAAUUAAAUUACAAAUUAAUCAGAAGAAGUCGAUGUCAUCUGAGAGACAGCUUCUAGUCAUUCCAACGAAUUAUCAGUCUAUAACGCAUCCCCAAUCGACGAACAGAUCUUUGCAAAAACAGAUUUUCAGAGAUCCUGGAAGCGGUGGAGGACCUGGUGUGGCUACCUCUAACGUAUCCGUUACUCUUGAUUCUAUUAUUACAGAAUAUUUAACCAAUCAACAUGCUCUCUGUAAAAAUCCCAUGGUAACAUGCCCACAAUUCAAUCUUUUUGAACCACACAAGUGUCCAGACCCAUGUACAAAAAAUUCUUCGCCAACAAACGUGACGAUGAGAUUAGCAAGGCGAGCUUUAGGAAUGGACGGUAGAAGAUUAGAUAGAAGACACAUUUACAGUCGCUUUUGUCCCAUAAAAACCUUCCGCCCUACUGACGUAGGAGGGAUAUUCACUUGUUGUACUUUUUCGCCUUGCACACAAUAUCUCAUUUUGGGCACCCAUGCUGGAGACAUCAAAAUGUUCAAUGUCCAUACAGGAAUGGAAGAGGCGACUUAUCAGUGCCAUGAGUCAUAUGUGUAUCACAUGGAAUGUAACCAGCGUGGUAAUCUUUUGUUGACCUCCACUGCUUGGAGGAGUCCUAUGUCAGUGCUCUGGGACAUAGGGGCGUUCUUCGAAAUGAAGCUAUCUUUAGAGAAUGAAGAUUAUGUUGAGUUUAGCAAGUUACAAGAUAGAAUAAUUGGUACUCAAGGAGAAAGUGCGACGAUAUAUGACAUAGGAACUGGAAAAUUAUUGACAACCUUAACGCCAUCAAUCUCAAAUCAAUAUACUAAAAAUCGUGCAACUUUUAGUAUGAAUGAUGAAUUAGUACUUAGUGAUGGUAUAUUAUGGGACGUUAAUUCAGGCAAAGAAAUUCAUAAAUUCGACAAAUUAAAUCAAACAUUAAAUGGAGUUUUCCAUCCAAAUGGGACUGAAGUUGUAUCUAAUACUGAAGUAUGGGACUUGAGAACGUUUCACUUACUCAAGACAGUUCCCACUCUCGAUGAAAUGGAAGUGAUCUUCUCGCCGAUCAAUAAUAUCAUAUAUGCAGUCUCUUUAGAUCAAGACAACGAAAACGAUUCUCAUUAUGCAACUUCUUUCAAGACUCUAGAUGCUUUAGAUUAUAGUAAUAUUGCAACUUGCGAUGUGAAAAGAGGAAUUUAUGGACUUGCUUGCAACAAAUAUGACACUCAAAUCGCCAUAGUGGAAAAUAUGGGCGAAUUCUCUAGUAUACAGGAAUCGUGCGUUAGACUGUACGAUGUUGGAAGACGAAGAGAUGAUGAGGAUGAAGCUGACGAGGAUGACGAAGAAGAUGAUCUUGAUGCUAGCGAAGAUGACGCGUCUGAUGAUAAUAAUGCAGAUGAUGGUGAUAAUGCAGAUGCUGGCGCAGAGGAUGGUGAUGAUAAUGAUCAAAAUGACAGAGAAAAUAAUGAUGACGAUGACGGCGACGAUGAAGACGGUGGAGAUGCAGAUGAUUCCGGUGAUGAUAGCGUGGAUUAUGAUCCCAACGUCGACAUUCAUGAUUUAUCUGAUGAUUUUUCUUUGUCAGACAUGGAUGAUCUGGAGAUAUUAUUUUCAUGAACGUUAUUAAGAGAUAAAAUUUUGUGUACAUACACACACAUACACGUUUGUUUGUGUGUGUUUGUGUGUGUAUAUAUAUAUAUAUAUUAAAGUAUUAAAAAGGAAUUUUAUCAUGGUUAUUAAUUGAAUAUUCUAAAUGUAUAUUUACAGCUAAUUUCUCUAAGUGUAAUUUGGAUGUCUGUCAAUUUCACACAGAAGUGCAUACUUGUGUGUAUACUUUUUCAAUUACAAAUAUGUGGUUGUAAAUAAUUACGAAUUUUCUGUUUAUUAUUGAAUAAAACAUGUUAUACGUUCUUUUCAAUCAUGUCAAUAGUAUCUGUGAUGUACAAAUAUUAAAGCAGAUAAUAACUUUUUACUGAAUACAAGAAUGAGCAUAUCCAUGCAAACAUUGAAUUAUAACCAGAGUCCGGAUCUCGAUGUCGCUUUUCGAGCGCCACGAGAAGCAGGGCCGACUAUGUUGGUAGCAGUCCAGCGUAGCAAAUGCAAUAUCGCAUGCGGCCCUGCUUCUCGUGACGUGCGGCGCUAGGAGAGGGAAAAAACGCCACUAAAAUCCAGACUCUGAUUAUAACAUGCAUUAAUGUUAUAACAAAAUGUAAUUUCAUUGAUUGAAACAUUCUAGAAAUGUCCAAUUUUUGUUGAAUGUUUUGCAAACAUUGCAAUUUAAUAUUCGAGAACAUUGUUCAAUAUUGAUUCAACAUUUAUUAAAUAUAUAUGUUGAAAUAUACUGACUUUCCGCUCGCGGAUCAGCUUGUCGAUAACGGUGCCGCGAAAAUAGUUUCAACGGGAGAAGGGAAAGGCAUAAAUGCGGACGCUUUGGUGUUUCUACUAAUUAAACAUAGAUUUAUUUAAUUAUAUAAAACAAAACCAAUAAACAAACAAUCAAUUUCGGAAUUAAGCAGACGGAUUACGGAACGAUAAUGUGACAGGCAUACAAUGAAUAUAAGGCGCGGAUUUGUACAAUACAACGUUAGUUACUAUUUACAGUUGCGCGGUCGCGAUGUCGCUACGUGCGGGAAUCGAGUCGUUGCGGGCGCGGUUGAUGGUCGUGAAUUUCGUGAGCAAGGCGUACAGUGGGCGGGGCUCACUGCGCGGUCCGCAGGCUAGCAAGUGCGCGAUCAAUUGCCCACGUGUAUGUAGCAGGCGAUGUAACGUCCUGCAAAAGUCUGGAGGCGCGUCAAGUGCCAAGUAAUUUUGGGCGCGUCUGGAGAUGCCAAGUAAUCUUGGCCCAAGACCCCAAAUACGGUGGUCCCGGCGAAGUUGUUGCUGCCGGAUGAGAAAGUUAUGUUCCUCUUAGCGACAGGGAUCUUGGUCGCUGGCCAAGACACUUGGCAGCUUGCUUUUCUUCCUUUCUUCCUUCUUUUCUAUAUUAAUUGGCUUCAAGCUCCAUGCGGAGCUCCAACACAGCCAGAAUCUUACUUUGAGUUUAUUUGUUUUAAAUGUACAAAUAAUCACUAACUAUUUAGAGACUUUUGCUAAGCAAGCCCAUACUUUGAUACUUCAUUCGUGGCCAUAAAUGAUAUGAAGUUGUAUGACGUAUUCAAUAUAGAUGUUAUAGUUAAGCUAUAACUCGGCGCAUGGCAACCGUAAACAGGUCACCAUGCCCCGAAUUAAAACACUUGCUAAGCAUUUUUGUGACAUGAUGAAACAAUCAGAAAGCACAGAAACCCGAAAACCCAACGGGCAUUGCCAAAAUUGUGUCACGAGGACGCUGACCAAGCAGAAGUAAUUACGCCAAACAGCGGCUUAGCGCAAUCACUUUAGUAUAAGAAGACCGCCCGACAAUCGAGCGGCAGAGUAAUGAUAACCAAGUGUCCGAACGCCAUACAUCUAUCCAUGCCACAUACGAGAAGACGUCCAUCGUUUUGAGAGCUACACCUACGAAAAAUCAGUGACUACUCUCCAUCCAUGCCUAUUAACGCAUAUCACCGCCUCACGCGACACAUAACGUUGUAACACGAGCUAGCGCUCGUGAGCGAUAUCAGACUGUAUCAGAAUAAACACUUCUCUACACACGGA